AUGGCUGUUUGCAGUAGUUGGCGUUCAAAUGCAUCCAGACUUCUUAUGCAUGUCAUGUUGAUCGUGCUCUUCCUCUUAUAUCUCUGCCUUGGUGGUAGAGAUGGUUCCAUGGUGGAGAGGAGCUGCAUAGAGAGUGAAAGGAGAGCUCUACUUUCCAUCAAAGGAGACAUGUACGACCCUGACCAGUGGCUUUCCUCUUGGAAGAGCCAAGACUACUGCAGAUGGAGGGGAGUGGGCUGCAACAAUAUCACUGGCCAUGUGGUGCUAGAUUUAUCAGACAAUGAGAUCAGUGGAGAGAUACCAGAAUUCAUCGAGAAUCUCAUCCACCUACAGUCUCUAGAUCUAUCAUAUAACAAGAUCAGUGGAGAGAUACCAGAUGCCUUUGACAGACUUCAUAGCCUACAUUAUUUGGCAUUAUCAUCAAACCGCAUAACCGGGAAGAUACCAAGAUUUAUAGGGAAUCUGUGUAAGCUGAAUGGGCUAGAUAUAUCUCAUAACAGCAUUACUGGCGAGCUUGUAGAUACAAUAGAAAGUUGGUCUAAGUGCACAGAAAAUAAACCAGAUGGGAGAAGAUCUCUACAAGGCUUAACAUCACUUCAUGUGGGUUACAAUAACUUGAGUGGAACAAUCCCACAAACUCUGAGUCAGCUAUCUGCACUGCAAGAGUUGGAUCUCGCUUCAAAUUCCUUUACAGAAAUUCUUGAUCUCUCCAACAAUAACUUGUCUGGUGGCAUUCGGCUGUUCUGUAAUGGUUUGGCUUCAUUGGAAGUGCUCGAUCUAUCUAACAACGAGCUGUUUGGAGAACUUCAUCACUAUCCGUACAAACCACGAUAUGGAACAAUUGAUUCCAAGGAGGACAACAAGUUUGAGCAUUCUUUCGACUCAGUGGCAUGUCCUGUUAAGCUCCAAUCACUUCAUCUAAGAAAUAAUAGGCUCUCUGGAAAACUGCCUUCAUGGCUGAAAUAUUGUAGACAAUUGCUUGUUCUUGAUCUUAGUGAAAAUAGAUUCUCAGACAACCUACCAAUAUGGAUUGGAGAAAGCCUCAGAUCACUGAGAGUUCUUUCUCUGAGGUUAAAUUUCUUCAACGGCAGUAUUCCAGCUCAACUAUCAUAUCUUACUUCUCUACCAGUUUUGGACCUCGCUUGCAAUAAUUUUUCAGGUGCUUUGCCUCCAUCGUUUGGAAAUUUAAGUGCAAUGAAGAGGACACAGAAUGCAGAAAAACCAAUGCUUACAGACUUCCAUGCGUACUAUACAGAGGGCUUAGUAAUGACCAUAAAAGGAAUAGAAAUUGAGUAUACCAGUGUGCUUUCAUUUGUGAUAAGCAUAGAUCUCUCAUGCAACAAUCUUUCUGGGACGAUUCCAAUAGAACUGGUAAAUCUCCAUGGACUGCGUUUCUUGAAUCUCUCUAAUAAUCACUUCACAGGAAAGAUUCCGAAAAAUAUUGGUGCCUUGACACAGUUAGAAUCACUUGAUCUGUCGGUGAACAAUCUCUCAGGAUGGCACAUGCAUUCACCUCCUGAUCUAGCUAAUCCAAUGUCUGUGGAAGCCGAAGCUCUUCAGAGCUUGGUAGAGAAAGCCUCAGCUCAUUUGAUCAUAAGCACGCUCCAUGUCAAGCUUGAUGGCUAUAAGACAUCGGCAAUCAGAAGCUUUGAGGAGAUUAUGCGUAAACUCCUACAUGAUCAACAUGUUGUCAAAGAUGUUAUGCCAUCCAAUGACGGCAUCCUACUUUAA